GUAUACCUUGACAGCCAAAUGGCGGUCCCACAAGAAAACAAAAAACUGUUCAUUCACGUGAUGAUGAAUCAGUAGUCACUUGUUUCAACGUCGAUACCCAUUUCACUCAUCAUGGUUGACAACGAGCUCCUGUUAUGUAAUUUCCGUCGAUGUCGCCGCCCGCUUGACUCCGUGGCGUGGGUGACUUUCUGCUCCCAUAUCUUCUGCCCUGAAGACGGGAGGAAUCUGCGCCAGACUCCAUGCGAGUGCCCAGCGUGUGGGGCCAAACUGACCCUGCAAAGCGACAUUCUGCGUGUUGAACUCGACCCGACGGAGCAGUUCAAGUCCAUGAUCCUGGCCGGUCUGCAACCCGAAGUUAUCAUGGAAGUGUGUCAUCGCGGGCUGGCGUUCUGGACUUACCAGGUGAACCAGGAGCGGACGUACCAGCAGCACGUGGUCAAAAGACUGAGGGAAAGGUUGCAGGAGAUACAGAGCUAUUACGAACAGGUGGUGAGGGGCCGAGAUGAUCAGCUGGCAGCAGUCAGGAGGCAGCUGGAAGGAGCUCGUCGCGACCACGAGAAGUGCAAGGAGCAGCGAGAGGUCAUCAACGAGAGGCUGGCAGAAAAGACCAGGCAGUACCAGAGGCUGCAGACUCUGUACGACACGCUGAGGAAGCGCGCCGGACCUCCGACAGGCGUAGGAUGGUCUCCUCCCUCCUCCUCCUCCCAGCCGCAUCCUGAUCCUCGGGUGCCCUUCCGCUGCGCUGCCGCUAUCGGACCCACGCUAUAUCCGCCGCCGAGUGGCCACGUGUCCGCCGGUACGGAUGCGGCAGCGGCGGCGGCGGCGGUAGCGGGGGUGGCGGAGGUAGCGGGGGUCGGCCCGCGUUACCAGCAGUGUCCGAACGAACUCCAGGAAACAGGCGGCGGCGGAGGCCCGUUACCGAUACACGCGGCGUCGUUGGGUUCUGGUUCCGCCGCCCUCGCACCCACCUGCAGCCUCGCCCUUCCUCCCAAUCCACCCCUUUCGUCGCUCACCUCAACAGCAUCAACGCCCUCCCAUCAGUACCAUCAUCACCUAAACCCUCCGUCAGGAUUCAUCGACCAGCAGGUUCCUUUACCAGCGCGGCGGUCCCAUGGAGGUGUUGAUCCUGCAGGUGCUGCGGGCGCUCUCGUGCCAUCGAUGGCAGUGGAGCUUCGGCAUGGCGAUUCGUGUGAAGAUUUUACGUUUGCUCCCGUGACACGAAGAUCGAUUGGCAACGGAAAUUCACGCCAGAAAUAGUAGCAACUGGGAAUUCCAGUUACCGGCUGGUAGUCCUGCUACUGGAAAAAAGUCAAACAUUAGCACUGUUCAAUGUUACCGUUCAUGUGACUGUAAACAUGUACUGCUUGUUGCUAUGGGCAGCGGCUGUGACUAAUCAAAACAUAUUAGUGUUCGAUUAUCUAUUUUAGCACUUUGUGUCACCAAUAUUAGUAAGCGUAGCAACUACUCGCACACGUACCAGCAUUUUCGCAUCUGAGGCCAUUGUUUAAUAUCCCUGAUGUGGAGCGUUAUUGCAUUCGUCUGGGCACAAUAGUUCUCUUCUUUAAUACCCUACUUCCAUUUCCAUGGUCUUUGAUCGUCAUUAUCAUACAUGUCAUUAAUUAUAUCAUUAACAUUUUCUGUUUCUUGUCUUUCAAGAAAUUAUCAACUGUUACCAGUCAUUAGCACAUUAUUUUUUCAAAUAUUGUGACACUCACACCUGGCUGGGAUAGGAGUGUCAGGUGCCGAGCCGAGCAAGUACUUGUUUUCAUGACACAAGAAUGUGUGUGCGUGAGUGCGGGGUGUAUAAUCCAUGCGUCGCAGUGAGAUUGUGCUGGAGAAGGGGGGGGGAGGGGGAAGGAGGAUGGUGUGGAGGAAGGAAGAAAGGGAACAUGAGGGGGGAGGAGGACUGAAAUGGGGAUAGAACACCCCUCCCCCCUCCUCUACCUUCAACAUCGAUUUACAACAAACGCCAAAGUAAAGUUAUCUUCGUGUGGUUUGACCUUGCUGCGUGGUAGUUGUUACUUGUUCAUUUUAGUUCAAUGUGUUCUUGCCCCUUAUACGUGGAGAUGCAUUUAUUUUCGACGUUUUUUUAAAUUUCAUUUUCGUUUAUUUGUCUUAGGAUAGGAAUUAGUAUGUAUAAUAUACAUAGAGCUUGCAAGAGUUCUACAAAGUUUGGCAUCAAAGGAUGUGAAUUUACAAUAUAAAGUUAGAAAUUUC